CUCUACUCGGAUCCAGUACAAUAACUUCGACGCUAAGGCCCAAAACCGAGCCGCGCAAUCAACCUUUUGAAUCGAUAUAAUACAUAAUUCAGUUUCGCCCGUUUUCGACCAGAUCCCAUUUAAAAUUGGUCCCCAAGCCGAGUGACUCAAGCCUGCAUUUUUCCUGCCUCGAUGAUGCGGGUGUUGUAAUUCGAUAAUGGUAAUGGUAAUAAUGGAAGAGCAGUGAUUAAUACGGGGCCAGUAUUGCGAGGGUGUUAAGCAUUGCGAGAGGGGCCUGAGAGGUGAGGGAAAAUAAACCGAGCUGGUGGGCCCUAGGCCAGGAGUUCCAAGUCCCUCGUCAGUCCCCCGCCGAACUCUGACGCGAGAGGACUUCUUCGUAGCGUUUAGAAGUGCUAAGAAAGUGAUCGUUUCAUUCCCCGAAAGGGGCACCGUCGUUGACCUCCGAAACGUCGCCGCAGGUCGUCGAACGCCCGGGCCCAAAGAUAACAGAGAACGUUUUCAACCAAGUCGAAUACUCGCAGCGUGGAAAAACUAUUCAGUGCCGCGUGGAAAACCUUGGGGGAAAAAUUUCGAGGCAUGUGAAGGUGAAGUGUGUGAGGGACGGAAAUAUAGUGCUAAGGAAAGUACGACGGCUGUGUGUCGCAUAAAUUCGUCGCGAAUUGUCUUGAACAGUGAAUUAAAAAAAAAAAAAAAGGAUCUCAUCCUCGAUAUAAAGUGAUUUGGAAAACCAUCUCCGAAUGGUGAACGACGUGAUGAGCGAGUACGAGCGCAUCAAGCGAGCGUGCUUGAAAAGCGGAGAGCUCUGGGAAGAUCCCGAAUUCCCGGCGACCCAGGCUACCGUAUUUUACCACCAGACACCCCCGUUCCAAUUCCAGUGGAAACGGCCCAAGGAAAUCUGCAACAGACCGAUAUUCGUCAGCGAUGCACCAACACAGUUCGACGUCGUACCAGGAAAAAUGGGCGACAAAUGGCUGGUUUCCUGUCUGGGAGUCCUUCACCUGAGUAAAGGACUAUUUUACAGGGUGGUACCGGCUGAUCAGGGUUUCGGUGGUACGACGGAACUCCCCGGAUCCCCGACAGCGGAAUACGCCGGCGUCUUCAGGUUCCGGUUAUGGUGGUGCGGUGCAUGGGUCGAGGUCCUCGUCGACGAUCGUUUACCCGCCAUAUUCGGGAGACUCGCCUUUGUCCAGAGCAGGCACAGCGAUCAAUUCUGGCCUGCUCUACUCGAAAAAGCUUACGCCAAAUUGCACGGGUCGUACGAGGCUCUUAAGUAUGGCACUUUGCUCGACGGGCUCUCCGAUCUUACCGGGGGAAUAACAGAGAGCAUCGCUAUUCGUCAGGAUCCCACAGCCUGCGGACGCGCCCUUACAAAAUUACUGGACAUGACCUCUUUGAUAACGUGCACCGUAAAUAAUACGAGUCAACAACAGAUUCGAGCCAGUACAGAGAAACUGGCGAACGGAGUACAAAUGGGGAUAAAUUACAGACUUUACGCAGUCGAAAGGGUCGAAACCUUUAGUGGCGAGGCUGUUCAGCUCGUCAAAUUGAGGAACCCCCUCGGUCCCGGUGGCGAGUACAUCGGAGCCUGGGCACGGGGUGGACUUGAAUGGGAUGAAGUUCCACCGGUAGAGAGAGAGCGUUUAGCGGUGAGAAACAUGGCGGAAGGGGAGUUCUGGAUUUCGUACUCGGAUUUUGUUAAGACGUUUACCCACCUCGAAGUCGUUCAUCUAGACGCUGAGACGUCGCGUGACGAACCUUCCCUCCAUACCAAACACACGUGGCAAAUGAAACUUUAUCAGGGUAGCUGGAGGAGAGGAGUUACGGCUGGGGGAUGUAGAAAUAAUCCAGAAACAUUCCAUAUAAAUCCUCAGCUCCAUCUUAUACUGAGUGAAAUGGAGGAAGUCAUCGUAUCACUGAAUCAGCACUCAAUCGUCGAACCUAAAGUUGUAGGGUUCACAGCGUAUACUUUGCCAAAGAAUAGCACCGAGUCGAUAAACAAACAGUUUUUCAAAAAAAAUAAAUCACUGGUCAACUCACAAUACACGAAUAGCCGGCAAGUGAGCCACAGGUGUCAACUCGAUCAGGGUGGAUAUCUUCUCAUUCCCACAACCUUCGAACCCACCCAAGAAACUAGUUUCACGCUCAGGGUUUAUAGCAGCAAACCCCUCAAACUCAAACUACUCGACACCCCCCCAUCGCUGAUAAAACCUGCUAUCGUUAAGGCUCACGGUCUCGAGGGAAAAGGAUUCUCGCAAUACGAGGCCGUUUUCCUACAACUUGCAGACGAACACAAAACCGUCAAUGCUUUUGAACUCCUCGAACUUUUGGAAGCCUGCUUACCCAAUGACUAUAUCAAAAGCUGCGCUAGUUUGGAAGUCUGCAGACAAGUAGUUCUCACAAUGGACAGUUCUGGUGGCGGUAGACUGAAAUUCAACGAUUUUAAGGAUUUAAUAUCGAGUCUGAAAUUCUGGCAGCACUCUUUCAGAAAUCACACGAAAGAAAAAACGGGCAUACUUAAAGCCGAGAGGCUAAGAGACGCCCUCCUAGAAGUUGGGUUUCAACUCAACACCGACGUUCUGUCGAUUCUGAUUCUCCGAUACAUGAGGAAAGACGGUACCCUAAGAUUCGGCGAUUUCGUAUCGGCCAUUCUACACCUCAGCGUCGCCUUUAAUGUAUUCGAGAACAAGGAUCCACUGCAAAAUGGAACAAUAAAACUGGGCUUAUCAGAGUGGCUCCGGUCCUCUCUGAUGUGUUGAACAUCCGUGCGACACCGAUCCAGCAGGGUUGCCGAAGGCUUCCAAAUUUUGUAGAUAAUAUAAUAGGUAUACGUGGUACCAGAUGUGCUACCACGGAACUCUCGUUAUAGUCUCACCCUAGCCAUAUUAACGAUUAAACAAUAAUUAAACGUUGCAUGUAAUUAUUUUUCACAAUUUUAUUCGUAGAGAAGUAAAAAAUAAUACGAAUACUGCCCAGAAUAUGCUCUCAUGCGACUAUUGAUAUAGUAUACCUGAUCAUAAGUCAUUGUUAAGAAUUAAUGUACAAAAAACACUGUACCUAUAAGCAUUUUAUGCAAUCUUUGAUGUAAAUAAAUUUAUUUUCUACAA